CUUCAUACGUCAUGACGCUGGGACCGUGUUGACGUGGCGUAGAUAACUAGUUAGCUAAACAAACGCACACUCAGCGCUUAGAUUAGCGAGAAUAAUGGCUUAGGUAAAACCGGUGGAUUCACCUGACUGUAUCAGCGAGAAAAUGACUGGAAGAAACCAAUAUAAUGGCUUCCAGUCAGCUACGACAAUGCAGCCUGCAACUGGAGCUCACACUUAUAUCUUCGGGAGCAAUUCUGAGACCGAGUGCUCUGAGGAGGAUGGAGAGAGCAACGAGCUUCGCUCCAGAGGCAGGGAGAGGCACCGGCGCAGUACCUCCAGUGAGAGAAAGGAUGACAUUGUCUACGUGAUGAGAGACAUCAAGGAGGGAGACACGCUGAUUAGCAUUUCGCUGCAGUAUUUCUGCUCUGUCACUGAUCUAAAGAGGGCCAACAAUCUCCUGACAGAGCAGGACUUCUUCGCCUUGAGGUCCAUCAAAAUCCCUGUGAAGAAGUUUAGCUUGUUCACGGAAACGCACAGCACAGCUCCACACAAAUCCAACUCUCCCAGCGGUGUACGCAGAAUCCCAGAGAUCCCUCUGAGCACAGGAUCAGCAGACUCCUCUCCUUCUUCCUCCUCCUCCACCGACAGUGUGGAGUGCUUCCUGCAGGAGAAGGACAAGGACAUUGAGCGUCUGGUCAAAUACACAAAUCCAUCCAGAAGCAGUCUGAGCGAGGUGGUGUCCUCGCUGAACUCCCAACAGCCUGUACAGGGAGAGGCAGAGCGUAGAUCUGCCGGAAGGAAAGACCCGUACUAUGGAGCGGACUGGGGUAUGAGGUGGUGGACUGCAGUAGCCAUUAUGCUUGUGGUGGGCAUCGUCACACCAGUGUUCUACCUGCUGUACUACGAGGUGCUGAUGAAAGCAGACGUUAGCCACCACACUGCUACAGAGUCCAUUACAACAGUCUCAAACAUUGGUGGUGUGCCAGAUCUACCAGCAGUUAAGGCUGUUCCUCACCAAGAUUCCCUCAUGCAUCCAGCUGUUGAACAUCCAGCGUCUGUUCUGGGACAGGAACAUAAAAAAACGUAGGGAAGGAUGACGUAGACCAGCAUGUUAGUUUUGAGGAAUUUUGUUUAAGGACUUGUACACACAACCACUUUUUCAGUGAUCAAAGUUUGACUUUUAAGGACAUGUUCAAUAUUUUUGAACCUUCUCUAAAAUUAGCUUCGGGAGAAAAUUAAAAAUGUAUCCUCUGUGAAAUAUGUAUGGAUGCACAGUAAUGCCUUCUUGGUAAUGGCAUAUUGUUAAAACAUUACAACUUGUUUUAGGUUAAGUUCCAACAGAUUUAAACAUUAAUCAGUUCUUGUAGAGCUGAUACGUUUAAUUUGUCCACACAUUUCAUAUCUGUCAGCUCUUAAACAUAAUGCUCUUAAAGUAAAUCCAUUAUUAGUCUGAAGAAGCUGCAGACAUGAUAUCAAAUUAAUAAUUAAGUCCACUAUUUUCAUUUUAUUAGAUUUGUUCUGUUAGGAAUCACCUGGGUGUUUGGUUCAAAUCUAUUGAAUUCAGCCUUUCAAAUAAAAUAAAUACACUUUGUGACACAAGCUGAAGCUGCCAUGAUAUAACUGCACUUAAUUGUGCAUUAGUGGUGCCAUUGGAACUGCUCCGGCAGGGAGCGUGAACUCUAACUGACUCGGCCCUUUAGGCAAUUUCUCUCAUCCAUUUUUACCCCACGUGCAACAAAACCAUAUUAGCAGCACUGAGCCCAAACGUGUAUUCAGAAUGUCACUGGGGCGACUGAGGUCUCUUUUGUCAGGGAUGUACACACACACACACACACACACUAAUUUAUUCUAGGAAAUUAUCAUAAUUUGCAAAAACAGUAUUGACAAUGAUGUUGCCUACUUUCUUUUUAACUUUGCCUGUUUGCCAACUUCAAUGCUGAAAUCUUUAACUUGAUGAAUUGAUGUGAACUGUAUAAUACUUGUGAAACUUCACGGUGUACUCUCUUUAACAUUACCAUUUUUGUUUAAGGAUGAAUUUGAGCAGUAUGUGCCUUCGGCCUGUGGAAUUUAGUUGCAGGUUGAAAAUAAAUGAAUUAUAUUUUAGUA